AUGGUGGCGGACUUCUGGCCAUGUAAAAUGAGGUCAGAGAAAUACCUCGGUGCUCUUGAGUUUGACGAAGUCCAUCCGGCGGGUCCUGGAGAAAUGGUCUGCUCCAGGGUCUUGCCUGUUACAGAUUUGAAACGCGCUUGCCAAGCCAAGCCUCCUACCCAAGUCGAAGUUUUGAUGAUGCCGUACAAAGUGCGUUUGAAUGAUCUGAACCCCGAAAAGCCCGUUUAG